AUGGCUGCGUCUAUAGGUCCCAAAAGCAUGCCCGAAAUAAUUACGAGGACGACCAAAGGAGGGAGGAAACUGAAAUAUACAUUGACUGUGAUUCAACAACCUGAGCGUGCGAGAGCAUGUGGCUCGGGAGCAAAAUCAUCUGCCGAUCGACGUCCAGUCGACCCUCCUCCCGUGGUUCAACUUCGCAUUUACGAUGAAACCGAUCCACGACAAGAGAAGGAGAUAACAUUCCACUACAAUGCAAACUUCUUCCUCUUCGCAACUUUGGAGGUAGCUCGGAAUAUUGCUCAAGGUCGUGUACAAACUUCGGCUCCUCAAGCACCCGUUUUGACGGGCAUGCCAGUGUCUGGAAUGGCCUACUUGGACAGACCCAAUGAAGCUGGAUAUUUCAUUUUCCCUGAUUUAUCUGUUCGACACGAGGGCCAAUACAAGUUGAGCUUCAAUCUCUACGAGGAAACAAAAGAGGAGAAGGAUACCGACAUCGAACCUUCGAACGACCCAAGCAUGCGAAAGAUGUCGAGCGCUGCGGCCGCUGCCGAAUCGUCUUUUGAUUGGCGCAUGGAACUCAAAUCUGAUCAAUUCACUGUGUACAGUGCAAAGAAAUUCCCUGGUCUUUCCGAAAGCACUGAUUUGAGCAGAACUGUUGCGGAACAGGGUUGCCGUGUUCGCAUUAGACGUGACGUGAGGAUGAGAAGAAGAGAUACAAAGCCUGGUGGUGACUUUGGUGAAAAAGAAGAUGAAUAUCAGCAGGGAAGAGCUACAUCUCCACCAUUUGAUUACGCCAUCCAAGCUGCGAGGCAAAGAGCUCUGAGUGCAAGCGUUCAUGAGGAUCCACAACAGAGGCGUGGAUCAGGGGAAAUCUCACCAUAUCAUUCGCCUGUUGUAACUACCCCAUUUCGUACGCCUUCAAUAUCUCCAUCGACAUCCAACUCCGCUGUUCCUGUUGGUCCCCAGCUUGGCUGGAUCCCGAAUGGACCUGGCUAUGCCGCUGCUCCGAGUUUCCAACCACCACAUCCACCUCCGCCUCCACCCUCAUCCUAUCCACAGCCAGUGUCAGCGACUCAUCCUAAUCAAGGCCCAUCGACGCAAUUUCGUCAGCAACCUCCCCAAGGCCCACCUCCUGCACCUAUUAGAUUUGAUGAGAGGCGAGCUUCAUACAGCCAAUUCCGUCCUUCCACAAAUCCUCCUCAACAGCAAUCGUAUGAACAAGACUACCGAAGAAUGUCCUUUGGAUAUCAAAUCCCUGCUGCACCCCAAGGCCCUCAACCCAUCGCCCCUGCUGUUCAGAAUCCAGCUUAUAAUCAACAAUCAAUGGAGCCUCCUUAUAGCCGCAAUCCUCCUUCUGCAUACUCAACCAGCCAUCAGGAUUCUGUCGCUCUCGCACCACUGAGGGGUGAGCAGUCUACAGCCAUGUCUCCUCUUGCUUCGUUGGAGAGAUCUGGGUCUUACAAUCAAUAUGCUCCCAUCGAGGCCGAGCCACCAAAAUCGAGUAAUAAGAGAAGCUUCCAUGAUGUUUUCAGUACUCCUACUGAAUCAUUACACAAUGGUAGACGACCAAGUGCUAUUUCUGCAGAAGACGAGCAGGAGGAAAGCCGCAGACUGCAGAUGACUUACAGACGAGCCGAUGGCAACAUUCACCAGAAACCCGCCCCCGGACUCAACUAA